AUGUCCACACAUAAUUCAAAUAAUAAUUCAUCUAACUCGUUAACAAUUAAUUCAAGUCCAGCUAAUCGACAUUUAUUAGAUGUUGAUCCCCGUCGUUUAUCAAUGAUCAAUGCAGCUAAUAUGACUGCAACUGGUCUUGCUAUACAUCAACGCCGCACAUCGAUUAUCAAUUAUCAUCAACGUCGAAACUCUCAAUUGCGUAAAGCAAGUUUUACGACCUCAACAUUGUCACUUGCUGUUACCGAUGAAGAAGCAGGAGAUUUAUCAGUGACACGUUUAUCUAUAUCAAAUUCUUUAACAAGUGUUCAUAAAGCAUGUGAAGAUGAAGAUAAUGAAGCGACAAAUAAAUUAUUAGAUAUUGGUCGUGUUGCUUCAUGGGCUGUUGGUUUUGAAAAAUUGCUCAAUGAUGAAAUGGGUUUACAUAUAUUUACAGAAUUUUUAAAAAAAGAAUUUAGCCAAGAAAAUAUUCAAUUUUGGACGGAAUGCGAAAAAUUAAAAAAAAUAACUGAUCCUGAAGAAAUUCGUAUUAAAGCUAAUUCAAUUUGGACAACAUAUUUACAUGAUACUGAUGAUGGUUCAUGUCGAAUCAAUAUUGAUAGUCGUUCAAGACAAGAAUGUCAACAAUCAUUAUUAAAUAAACCUAAUGCUCAUAUAUUUGAAAAGGCUCAAUCUCAGAUAUUUCAAUUAAUGAAACUUGAUUCAUAUACAAGAUUUUUAAAAUCAAAUAUGUAUAAAGAAUGUAUUAUGAGUGAAAUGGAAGGAAAAUCUCUACCAUAUUCAAAACCAAUUAUUCAACUAUCACCUCCACCACCAGCAACGAAUGAAGAUCGUUCAAAACCAAAUGAAUGUCUUACUAAAAUCAAAGAAGAAGAGAAAAAAGAUAAAAAACGAAGUCCUCUUAUUCCUUGGACAAAAGCAUUUAUCAAAUGGAAACGUUUGUCAGUUAAACGUGAUACACCCUCAUCAUCGUCCAAUAUUCAUCAAACUGCAAAUGCUAGUACAAAUACAUUCUUCUAUGAAAAUUCUAAUCAAUCAAUAACAAAUAAAUCAGCAUCAGUAGAAUUAACAUCAAUAUCAAAUAUAAUUAAAAUUCCAAUAACAUCAUCAUCCCUAUCAUCAUUUUCACUUCAAAGUCCAACAAAAUCUCCAUUAAUAACAAUAGGAAAUUCAAAUAAAAUAAUAAAUAAAUAUUCAUCAAAUAUUAAUCAACAAGAUUUAUCAUUGUGUAAUUUGAUUUCACGUUCAGAUAUAAAUCAAGAUCAAAGUGAAAAAAAAACAAUUAUUGAACAUCCAUUAGCAACAUCAAUAGAUUCAUCUCGUUUUUGUCGUUUUAUUUUUCCUGAUUCAACAUCAACAAUUUUCUUAGCAUGUAUUGAAACAAAUACUAUACAACAUGCUAUUAAUCGUUUAUUUGCAAAACGUGGAAUAACAUGGUAUCGAACUGAAUUAUAUCUAGCUGAUCAGCAAUCUAUUGAUCUUCAAGAACCAUUAUCAAGUUUAUGUGGAAAAGAUAUAUAUGUUGAAACUCGUAUAUUAGUUCGUAUUGAUCUUCCAACGAAAAUUUUAUGUGUACGUUGUGAUCCAAAACGAACAUUAUUACAAAUCUUACAACCAAUAUUUGAUAAAUUUAAAUAUACACUUGGACAAUUUAUUUUUUAUGUUAAUGAUUCUUUAAUACCAUUGAAUUUAAAUGAUUUAGUUGGUCAUUAUGAUAAUCAAAGAAUAUUUUCUUUAUUACGAACAGCAUCAGGUGUAGAUAUAUCUAGUAGACAAAAAUGUCGAACAACAAAUGAUAUAUUUGAAAUGAUAUCAGAAAAUGAUGAAGAUAUUAAAUUUGAUGAAUGUGGAAUAUUAAAAGUAGUUACACAAUCAAAAGCAACAUUUAUUGUUUCAAAUGAUGCUUAUCUUAGUUCAUCUACAUCUGAAUUAUCGAUGAAUGUAUCUGAAAAUAAUAAAAUAUCUUAUGGAUCUAAACGGUGA